CAUGCGCCCCGAGCGGCGUCUCGGCCGGGGCUCGGCGGGUCUGCACCGAUCGCGCCGUCCCGGCUCGGCUGCAGGCGCCCGGCGGGCCCGGCGUCCGGGUGGUUCUGCUGGGCUCCGUCACCUCCUCCCAAGGAUGCAUCCCGACUUGUCUCCACACUUGCACACUGAAGAGUGCAACAUCUUGAUAAACUUGCUUAAGGAAUGUCACAAAAAUCACAGCUUUCUGAAAUUUUUUGGUCAUUGCAAUGAUCUUGAUCGAGAGAUGCGAAAAUGCUUGAAGAAAGAGUACAUGGAAAAGAGGAUCAAGAGCAGGGAGCAUGGCCACGCAAUGCGAAAGAGACUGUUUAAUUCUUCCGAGGAGUCUGAAAAAUGAAUUGUGUUUUCACUGGAUGCCUUGGCUGAGAGAAGACCUAAAGCCUCUUGGUUGGCAGCUGAAAGAAUCCCCCCCAUUUGGUCUCCAGCCCCCUUUGCCGAUCUGUAGGCACAUGCCAUGGAAAGAUCCGGAAAAGCCUGGAUUCUGACAGUGUGGGCAGAGCCUUUAGUUCUCUCCAGCAAACUUGACUUCCCGCCUCCCCCGUUUCCCUCCACCAGGGAACGCUGGAGUCACUUCUCUCCCUCAAUAAAAUAACUGGUUUUAAUCACA